AAUAAGAUCCACUUCCCCCCUCCCAAUUGCCGGCUUUCUCGUGUACUUUACCUUAAGAAACUUUUCUUUGCAAGUACGAAUCCCAAAAACCCAUCACACGUCGAAAUUACCAAAACAAAUAUUUUCAACAACCAAUUUCUAAAACCUUUAAUUCCUUAUUAUUUUGAUCCCUUCAGUUUUUUUCUUCUUCUUUUUCUUCUAGUAACUAGUAAUAUAUCUAUUACUAGGCGUAAUAAUUAGUUUUCCACAUAAGGAAACGGUUUUCUUAAAACUUUGAUCAAUAUCAAGAAAAGGUUCUAAGGGAUUGAACAACAUCAGAUUUUUUUCUCAGGGGUAACUUUGUUUUUCCGAGGAUCUUCCGGAAACAAUCUCUCUACUCGUCCGGAUGGGAAUCAUGGUGGCGUUGAUAUUGGUAUUGACGAUGAUGGUGAUGAGCAACGUGCACGGUGGAGAUACAAAUCCUGUUUUUGAUCCAUGUUCAGACACAAAAAUUCAGAGAUGGGAUGGUUUCACUUUUGGGCUUGCGUUUUCUUCUAAGGAAUCGUUCUUUUCCAAUGGAACACAGCUCUCUCCUUGUGACCAACGACUCUCCCUUUCUGCCAAUUCUGCUCAACUGGCUGUUUUUAGGCCCAAAGUGGAUGAGAUUUCACUCCUCACAAUCACUAGCAGCGACUUCAAUCCUAGCAAAGCUGGUAGUUAUAUGGUUGCCUUUGCUGGACGCAAAUAUGCUGCCAGAUCACUGCCCGCUUUCGUAGCAGACAAUACUCACACCAUUACAAGCUUCACUCUGGUACUUGAAUUUCAAAAAGGAGCUCUUCAGAACUUGUUUUGGAAGAAAUUUGGCUGCGGUUCAUGUACCGGAGGUUCUUUUGUUUGCCUUAAUAAGACUGAUUGUGCAGUCCCAAAUAAUAAGUGCAAUGGCAAUGGUGGAUCCGUUGACUGCAACGUGGGAAUACAAUUGGCAUUCUCAGGCACAGAUAAGAAUGACGACGUGCUAAACUCGUGGUAUGAGGUUAAAAACCUUCGACAAUACUCCCUCUACGGCCUGUUUCAAGAUGUCAGUGAUUCACUCACAAGUCCUUUUAAGAACCUGUUUUAGGACCACAUAAUGAGUUCUUGUUUGUAUAAUGAUCAUCAGAUUUCUGUUGUGUUUCUCCACUUAACCAGAAUAUUUAUGUCCUAUGCUCAUUAAUCAGCUUUACUUUCGGGAGAAUAACUUGGAGAUUACUACACAGAAUCCAGCCUGUUUUUGCUUGUACAGAUGUUUUCAUGGUCCAAGAAUUAUCCUUAGGUGCAGAAAGGACGUUUUGUAGUUUAAAAUUUCUCAUUGUUUA